CGCCCCGAUCCUGCCAUCCCACUUGUUCUUGUUCUUUCUGCUUCUUACUAGUCCUCCCUCUCGCCCUGGGUUCCCAUUCUCGGACCCUUUCCCACUGGCUGGCUGCAUCUUUUCACAACUCAUCACACGCCCCUCUCUUAGCUCCCUGUCGGUGCCUCUCGGAUCGGGACCGAGCGCAUCUGUCUUUCGUCCCUUCCAGCGACUGACAUCCUAGCUUGUUCUCCUUGCAGGAUGGCCGCCCCGAUGGACGUGCACUUGCAUGCCGGUGGGACCGACGCGGAUCCCAAGCUGGUCAACCGACUGCGCGAUAGUCGAUCCCCAUAUGUUAGGGGCCACAUGGAUAAUCCUGUCGCUUGGCAGCUAUGGGAUGCCGAGUCGAUUGAUUUGGCCCGGCGACACAACCGUCUCAUCUUUCUCAGCAUCGGGUACUCGGCCUGCCACUGGUGCCAUGUUAUGGAAAAAGAGUCGUUCAUGUCGCCAGAGGUGGCAUCGAUCUUGAACGAAUCUUUCAUUCCUAUCAAGGUCGACCGUGAGGAGCGACCGGAUAUCGAUGACGUCUACAUGAAUUACGUUCAAGCGACCACCGGUUCGGGCGGAUGGCCGUUAAACGUUUUUCUCACUCCAGACCUCGAGCCUGUGUUUGGCGGCACCUACUGGCCCGGUCCCAGCUCCUCUAGUUUACCCGGGAACGAGACAAUUGGGUUUGUCGAAAUUCUGGAUAAACUCCGCGAGGUUUGGGAAACCCAGCAGCAACGGUGUCGCGAGAGUGCGAAAGAAAUCACAAAGCAGCUACGGGAGUUUGCCGAAGAAGGGACGCAUACGUAUCAAGGGGAUCGACCGUCAGAUGAGGACUUGGACAUUGAACUUCUGGAGGAGGCUUAUCAACACUUUGUUUCCCGGUACGAUUCCGUCCACGGAGGGUUCUCCCGAUCGCCGAAAUUUCCGACACCUGCGAACUUGAGCUUUUUGCUGCGUCUGAGAACCUACCCAGCCGCCGUGUCGGAUGUCGUUGGGCAGGAUGAAUGCGAGAAUGCUACCGCGAUGGCAGUCAAUACGCUCAUCAACAUGGCGCGCGGGGGUAUUCGAGACCACAUAGGCCACGGGUUUGCGCGGUACAGUGUCACGUCGAAUUGGCUGCUGCCUCACUUCGAAAAAAUGCUUUAUGAUCAAGCGCAGCUCUUGGAUGUCUAUGUGGAUGCCUUCAAAAUCACGCACAACCCAGAACUGCUGGGUGCCGUCUACGACUUGGCCACGUAUCUGACAAGUAGUCCUAUUCAAUCGUCAACGGGUGCAUUCAACUCGUCUGAAGAUGCCGACAGCCUUCCAACCCCGAAUGACACGGAGAAGCGAGAAGGCGCAUUCUACGUCUGGACCUUGAAGGAACUGACGCAGGUGCUUGGCCAGCGAGAUGCGGGAGUGUGUGCUCGCCAUUGGGGUGUUCUUCCUGACGGAAAUAUCGCGCCGGAGCAUGAUCCGCACGACGAGUUCAUGAAUCAGAAUGUAUUAUCGGUUAAGGUGACGCCCAGUAAGCUGGCUCGGGACUUUGGUCUUGGGGAGGACGAAGUGGUGAAGAUUAUUCGAUCUGCCAAGCAGAAGCUCUGUGAAUAUCGGGAGAGAACCCGGGUGCGUCCCGAUUUGGAUGACAAAGUGAUUGUUGCGUGGAAUGGUUUGGCUAUUGGAGCCCUUGCUAAGUGUAGCGCACUCUUUGAACAUAUUGAGAGCUCGAAGGCGCUCCAAUGCCGGGAGGCUGCGGCCAAGGCAGCAGACUUCAUCAAGAACACUCUUUUCGACAAGUCCACGGGAAAGCUCUGGCGUGUCUAUCGUGAUGGGGCAAAGGGUGACACUCCUGGAUUUGCGGACGACUACGCCUAUCUCAUCGGCGGGCUAUUGGACCUGUACGAGGCUACGUUUGAUGAUAGCUACCUACAAUUUGCCGAGCAACUGCAAAAAUAUCUGAACCAAGAAUUCAUGGCUUUUGCCGGCUCAACACCCGCAGGGUACUACAGCACACCUUCCACACAGAUACCAGGGAUGCCCGGUCCUCUACUCCGAUUAAAGACGGGAACUGAAUCGGCCACGCCGUCCGUGAACGGUGUCAUUGCCCGCAAUCUACUUCGCCUCGCAAACCUACUGGAAGACGAUGAGUAUCGCACGCUGUCCCGCCAGACAUGCCAUUCAUUUGCCGUGGAGAUUUUGCAGCAUCCGUUCCUUUACGUCGGCUUACUGGACGCGGUCGUUGGCUUAGAAGCCGGGUCGCGAAGCAUCACAGGCGUAUUCAGCACCGCUACCAUCACAAACGCCCCUCAGCCGUCAUCUAGUCUUCUCAGAAACUCAGAGGAGCCGACAUCUGUUCGAGACUUACUCGUGCAAAAGAUCCGGUCAGAAGCUGAGCCCGCAUCAUCCACCUCAACUACCACCACUUCUCUCGUCGAUAUCCGUCCCUCCCACGUGGGCGACUUUGUCGGCAAUCCUUCGUUCUGGCUGAGGACUAGGAAUCCUCUCUACAAGGAUCUCAAGCCGUCAGACCCAGCGAAGAACUAUCUACUCAUUUGUGAGGGGGGGAAAUGCACGACAAUGGACAUUUGAAUUGUCGGUAUGGAUUUUUCGAGAUAUACCCUUGCAAUUUACGGCCAUUUCUGAAUCAACCGAUUCAUUUGUGUAGAUAUGAGGGAAUAUGUUCUUGCUCAGGUUGCAUAACGUCCCCUUGUUAUUUCAAGGUUGUUCUUGUGAUCUUGGUGUAUUUCGUCAUUUCUGGUCUUUGCAUAUUCUGGACACCCAUUCGAGCCAACCUAAUGAUAUCAAAUGCUUAAGGAAACUUCCAUUCACC